UUAUGGUUAUAUCUCCGACGAACUCCGCAAUCAAAUUUCUCUGUAGCUAUGGCGGGAAGAUUUUACCUCGUUAUCCCGACGGGAAGCUCCGUUACAACGGCGGUCACACCCGCGUCCUCGCCGUUCCUCGAUCCGUCUCAUUUUCCGCCGCGCGUGUGGUGCGUGUAACAGAGCUAGCGUCGAAGAUGGCGGAGAUGUGCGGAUCCACCGUCACUAUCCGGUGUCAACUUCCUACGGAAGAUCUCGACGCGCUCGUUUCCGUUACCUCCGAUGAAGAUCUGGCGAAUCUAAUCGAAGAGUACGACCUAUUUUCCUCCUCAUCGCCGUCGCCGAUGAAGAUUAGAGUCUUCCUAAAUCCGCCGAAAUCCUCAAAAUUAACGGUCUCGCCCCCUCCGUUAGCGUUACCGUCAUCCACAACGUCAUCAUCUUCCACCACUUCCUCCACUUCAUCGAGUCCUAGAUCCCCGUCGUUGUCGAAACCACCGCUACCUCCGUCGCCGCCGAGACUAACGACGGCGAAGAAUCCGUGUUACGGUUGCUACGUCCACCGUAAUUCGAGAAAUAUCUACCUCGUCCACAACGGCAAUCACUGGCAA